UAAACACAAUAAAAUUGAAACGGUUCGACCAGGCUUGUUCAAACUGCAUACUCUACGAGUUUUAGUAUUGGAUUUUAAUGAAGUAACGACUCUAUACAAUGGUGCAUUUAACAAUACAAAACUGCUUAUCUAUCUGUACUUAAAAGGAAACCAGUUAAAAGAAAUUCAAUCACGAGCCUUCGAAGGACUACAAAUAUUACAAUCGCUUCAUUUUACCAAGAGUGGACUAAAAAGAAUAGGAGAGACCUCGUUUCAAGGCACUCCCGACGUAUCAAACCUAAUGCUAGAUGGCAACUACAUCGAAACCCUGGAACCAGGAACAUUCAAUGGCUUGUCAAAUCUAUAUUAUUUGUCUAUCGCAAAUAAUAUGAUAACUGGAUUACCAGGAAGUAUCUUCAACGGCUCCAAAAAUGUUGAAUACAUAUUCAUUCAAAAYAACAAACUGCAUGCCAUUGAGCAGGGAACAUUUGAAGAAAUGGGGAAGCUGAGAGAACUGAAUCUGUCAUAUAAUCAGCUUGAAUGGAUCAAAGGCUAUGAAUUUCUGACGCUGCAUUCACUUACAUAUCUAGACCUUAACAAGAACAAAAUCAAAUAUAUUGAACCAGGAUCUUUCAAAGAUUUACAGGCCUUGAUAGAUCUGUAUCUUAAUAAUAACAACUUAACCGUGUUACCAGAUGGUCUUUUUACAAAAAUGAAAAAAUUGAGGGGAUUGUAUAUUUCCGAGAGCAAUGUUAAAAAAGUGGUACCUGGAGCGCUCGGUGAGCUGACAGCAUUAAAAUAUCUGUGA